ACGAAGAAGUGUCUGAGCUGAAGGUAUCUUGACUAAAGCCACUGCUAGGCAAAAUGUGCGUAUUCUGAUCCAACAGAUCUGUAUUAGGCAUUGUAACUGGCACCAAAGACCCGGAAAGAUAUCGAGACUGGGUGAGGAGUGGUCCUGAAGGUGGGACAGGUGUGACCACACCUUUACCACGUCGCCUCCUCCUUAAGAAACAAGCAACUGCCAGGAGGACUGCCAAGAGUACAGCUCCGCCGACGGCACAACCAACAAUGGUACUCAUAUUGGAAGGGCUCGCUGUAUUAGGAACUGUCGAAGGGGAUGAACCCCCCGGAGACGGUGAGGUCGACAGCGAAGAAAUUGGAGAUGGCAGUGAACUCAGUGUGGAUGAAGGAUGUGAAGUCUGUGAGAUUGAAGAGGAUGAAGACUGUGAAGUCUGUGAACUUGAAGAGGAUGAAGACUGUGAAGACUGCGAACUUGUAGAGGAUGAUAGUGUAGAUU